AUGAACAGGCCGAGAAAUCAAGCUGAACAAGAACUGAAAGCCAGGGCUCGCAUAUAUGUAGCGAAUAUACCGCAGCCUGGUAUGACUCGCAAGGAAGUGGUGUCCGUAUUUCACAAAUACGGCGAAAUUGAUAAUGUUUCUCUACAGACUAGACAUGUUUUUGUUCAGUUUGUAGAAGAGUCUUCUGCUCUCAAAGCCUUGGCUCAAAAUCCUCCUGAUUAUAUUAUGAGCAAGAAACUUGAUGUGAAACCAGUAAGACCUUUCUUUUAUAGAAAUGGAGAAUUAGUAAAAAAUGAAAGAGCGGCAAAUUUUGAUGCUAAUGAAAAAAGAAAUGACAACCGAAAUCAACCAAGAGAUUAUGAUGAUUUUAAACCGGCCAGACUCAAUCCUAAUGUGAUGAAUCCAAAUGCUCCUAAUGAUUGUGAAAUUGUUGUCACUAAUAAUUCUUUAACAGAAUAUGCAGAGUUUUUAGAAGUGAACUUAAAAAAAAUGAAUAUGAAAGUUGAUUUGUUAUUUCCUAAUCCUGAUAUACCAAUCAAUCGUGUUCUUGGUACCUUAGCGCAAAGAGGGACAUUGUAUGUUUUAGUUGUACGUGAUGAAAAUAAAUUGUAUAGGAGCGUUACUGUUGAUAUACUUCAUGGUAUACCUGAAGAGCACAGAAACAUGCCUUAUAAAGAUGCAUUGGCAUUUAUUGUUCAGAGUUUUGAUGCAUAUGUUAGAGGAGAGAAAAUGACUCCUAUACCUGGACUUUCAGGCAUUCCUAUAUCUGAAUGUGGCUUGCCUUUAGGUGAUAAACAUCCGGAAGGAAUUAGCACAUUGUUGAAUUUAUUACAGGAUCAAAGAGAUAUAACAGUACUACAGUAUGAUAUGAUACUACAAUAUUUAAAAGAGAAAAAAGAUAAACAUAUCCAAGAGGAAGUUGGAGUCUUGCCAACUUUUAAACCAACUAUAGCUGAUAUACCAAUUCUACCAGCAGCAACUGCCAUUCAAAAUCCGCAAGCAGCUCAAUUACAAAAUCGUAUUUUGAACAUUUUGAAUACAUCCCUUUCUACUAAUGCUCAGCCUCAACAAUCCAUUGAAUCUAAUCAAACUGAAAAAGAGCCAUCAAGUAUUCUUCAAGAGCCUAAUGUAAAAAAAGCAUUAGAAAGUUUAUUCCAGGGCGGUUCGUUACUUAGAAAAUAA